AUGUCGUCAAAAACGGAACAAAUUGUGCUCAUCGAGCCUCCGCACGUACUCAUAUUCAAAGGUUAGCGACACUCGUAAUAAACGCCAAUUGUUCUUAGGGCGUGCUUAGACGGAAAUCUAAAAUAUUAUAACGUUAGGGAAUUACGGUUGCUUUUGUUAUACUGUACAAUAUUGUUUAGGGAUUGAAUGUAAACCGGGUCGGACAGUAUUUUUGGAGAUAACGCCGCCUCGCCGGACAAAAAUGUAAUAUUAUUCAAAAGAAACAAUCAGUUCCCAACGCAUGGUGGUCUCCGACAGUGGCGGCCGGACGGCUGAAUAUUCGUUUGUGCACCAACACACCACUUAAAUAUGUUUUUAUUUCUAAAAAGUAAUUCGUAGGUAAAAUCUCGUCUCUAAAAUGAACAUGAAUGCAUUUCUGGUUUAUAAUUAUUAAUAAUAUAUUUUUUAUAUUGUAGUAGGUAAUAUAAUAAUGUAUGGUUUUCAAAAUUGUAGGUGGUGCACUGCUCCCGGGCACCACAGCACGAGCCGCCACUGGAAUUUAUUACAUUCAAAUGUUUGCAGCAGUUGUUUGGUAUCUAGGUAUUAAAUUUAAAACUCUACUAUAUACCUAUUUAAAGGUAUAGUCCUUCAAUUUUAUCACAUUUUAUUAAUUUUCCUUAUAUAAUUCUAUUAAAAUUAAUAUCACUGGAUCUAUGCAAUUAAAUGCAAAUUGAUAUUAAUUUUCUUAAAAUAGUGAACUAAUGUAUUAUUGUAAAAUAUUAACAAAUGUUUAAAAGGAAAAACUGUCUUGCUCUUGAAUGUGAUAAUAUUAAUCAUAAAAAAUCUAUUUUCAUAUUUUUUAAUAUCCUCAGUGUCAUUUUAAUUAUGAAAACAAUUUUUAACAAUUCUUAAGUUGCACUAAGGAUUGGUGUAAACACUAUAAACAAAACUUAAUGAUUGUAUAUAAUGUUUAUAUUCUUCUUUAUGUGAUCUAUCGGCCAUUAAAGCCAUCCCAUCAUGCAUCCAAUUUUCCAACCUUCCCUAUCAUGUCUCCACGUACUUUUUCAUUAAAUAUAUAGUUUAUGUUAUGUGGUGUUCUUGUUCAUAUUUAGUCGUGUGAUUCCAAUAUACAAACGUAGGUAGGUAUAUUAAAUGUUAGUUUUUACUAUAAAUUAAUUUUUAAUUUUCAAUACAUUUUUAAAUAGAUAGUACAUUUGUUCAUACAUUUAUCUUCUUUUGACUUUUGAUCAUUAAAACCAUACCACCAAACAAAAUGCUCUCCGUCAAUCUCUUAUCUUUGAUAGCUAUCCUCCACGGUACAUAUAACUAACUUAAUAUACUACCACUAACUUAUAUAACAUAAACUGUACAGAUAAAGUUUAUAUUGGCAUUUUAUAUUCAGGUAAAGUAUGCCUACACUCUCAAUUAUGCAUUUAUAAAUACAUUUUGAAUUAUAUCCUCAGCCAAUGGUUAACUUAGUCAGUGUAUUUUUAACAAAUUUAUCAAUCUGGUUUGAAAAUAAAUCUAUUUGAUUAAAAGAUAAUUACAAUAUACUAACUUUUAAUCAAGUAUGCCAUACAGUUUUAUUAUUUUAAUUUAAAAAUCUAUUAAUCUGUUGAUCAGUUAAUGGUGUUUAUCUUAUUUUAGUAUUGACCCUAUUGUCGUACAGACCAGAACACCAUUCCAGAGCAGUAUAUCAAUAUCACAGUUGAAAGUUAGAGAGUGUGAUAUAGCAAAUGUUUCUGUUUAUAUUGCAUACGGUUUUAUGCCCAUAUUAUCAGUUUAAGGUUAAUAUUUAGCUGAUUGUGUUACUAUAUACAUCCUUGUUUAACAUAAAUUACAUACAUAGUAUAGUCAAUAGAGUUAGAUAUUUUGAUAUGUUUUAGUCAUCUUUUAAUGGACGACAUUUAUAGUUUAUUUUGAAGAAUCUGUUAUUACACAUUAUGUAAUGUAAUUUCCCCAUAACAAGGCACAUCUAUAAAUGAACUACCUAAUUAAUCAAAAAUUUUACCGAAUAAUUUUUGAUGUGUAUUGAUAUUAGUUGAUAUUUAUUAGUUAUUAAAAUGCCUUUAGAUACACACAAAUGUAGGCAAAUCAAAUUUGAAUUACUUAAGUAUUAAAAUUAUUCUGAUUUUAUAUUUAAAUUAAGUACCUAACUUAUCAAUAAAUAAGUAGGCGGAUACAUUAAAUGUUGUAGGGAUUUGAUAAUAUAUUGAUACAUAUUGAUAAUAUAUACCUAUAAAUUAAUUAGACAAAGAUAAUUUAAGAUAAAAUAAAUAUAUUUAUAAUUGUUAUUUAAUUGAUGGUUUUCGUUAUAAAAUAUGUAGGUAAUAUUUUGUUAACGUUUUAUACAAUAAAUUGUUGUUUUAAAAAAUUUAGUGUCAUGUUUAUGAUAUGGAAUAUUUUUUAAUUGGUAUUUAUGUUUUCUGAAUAUUAUGGUAUCCGUUUAUGGCCUCGAUUUAAUUGGUAUAACCAUUGAUUAAAUAUACAUAGAUAGCACACGCAACGUUAAAAACUGUUAAUAAGAAAUCGAGGUAAUGAGAGCCCAAAAAUAAUAGAAUGAGACACUGAAAUCAAAUAGCGCUAUUGUAAUUUUCGAUUGUAACCACGAUUGUCGUGCUGAUUUGAUUUUGUUUUGGUGUUUAUAACAGUUUUGAUGAAAUUUUAUGAUUACAUUCCAUUUAACCUAUUUGACUAAUUUCAUCUUUACAAACAGUUUUUACUUCUGGAACGAUUCUAGUUUAGUAACCACGCGAUUUUUUGGGUAUAUUUUUUUCAAAAUGUGUGUUUUUGCGUGUAUAUUAUGAACGUAAAAAAAAGUUGGACGAACUUCGUUUGGAAGUUAAGGGGAAAAACUUUAUAAAGUAAAGGUUUUCCUUUUCGCACAUUUCUUAGUUGGAAUUUAAGAUUUUCAAUUUUUUUUUUUUUCGAAAAUAUAUGUUUUUAGACGCUUAAUCCGUUGGUAUAAUCAAAACUUACCUAUAUACAUACUUUUAAAGUUUCUGUAUAAAAACCUUAAAAAGGAGCAUUUUUGGAUUUAAUUAAACUGUGGUCAAAAAUAGACAUUUUUAUUGAAAUCGGAAUAAGUCGGCCUGGCUUAGUUUUAGAGUUACAGACGUUCAAAUGCACCAUAUUUUGCUGCGUCACUCGUACAAUUUUUAUCGAAAAUAACCCUCGGUUUGUUAUGCAAAACCACGUCGGGUAAUCAACAAAGAAAAGUGAAAAGCAUAUAAGUAAAAUUAGAGAUCAAAUGUGGUCUUUCGAUUGCUGCGCUCGAACGUCAUUAAUACAUCACUUUUGAACGCGAAUAAUUCUGAAACUAAGCCAGAUAGACUUAUUCUGACUUCAAUAAAAAUCUUUGUGAUCUAAAUAUAAAUAACGACAAAUAAUAAUAGUAAUAAAAAAUUUCUAUUUUUGACCACAUUUUGGAUUCAUUCCAAAAAUGCUAUUUUUUAAGGUUUAUAUACAAAUACUUUAAAAGUAAGUAAGAUGGGUACGUUUUGAUUAUACCAAUGGAUUAAGCGUCUAAAAAUACACAUUUUGGAAAAAAAGGCCCAAAAAAUUACGCGGUUGCUAAACUAGAGUUAUGCCUUACUUCUUUCUGUUAUUCAAAAAUAUUAUAAUUAUAAUUUGGUUAAAUAUUUCUCGUGGUUGCGGUAGUAUAUAUGUUUUUAUAGACUGCGGUAGAUCGUCACAUUUUCAAUGGGAGGUGAUGUUACUAUUAAAAAUCGUGAGUAAAUAGUAAAAUCGUCUUCUCUAUCCGCCUCGACUAUGAGAAUUGGUAAUUUAAAAGCCGGAUCAUAAAAAAAAUGCCAAUUUCUAAUCAAUGCAUUAAGUUUUCCCUCGGAAACCGGCUGAAAUGUAUGUUUCGAUAUAAGAUUAUUCAUAUUUUGAUGUAUCUUAAAGCCAAUGGGGGGGGUUAAACCCAUAACCUCCCCUCCUGUGCACGGCACUGAGUAGAGAAAUGUAUGAGAAGCGUUGUAAUAAAUUGCCAAGAUUUUAUAACCAGGCAAAAUAAUUUUAUUGACAUUUGACGAAAAAAAAAAAUAAGAAAAUAUGAAAAUGUAAUAUUUGACACAUUUAUUAUAACCAAUAAAAGAACAAGUGACAGCUGCUGUUGCUGUAAUAUUAUAGAUUAUUAAUUAUAAGGCUGGCGAGAAAAGGUUGUUUUCUUAUCUCAAACUACUGUCCAAAGUCCAAACUGGGAAUUGUUUAUGACGGUCGGCUUACUGAUGUGAUCCCCUCCCGGCCUCUAAUAAUUUCACUACCUAUCUAAUUACGAUUAUAAUUAUUUCUUAAAUAGUGGUAUUGCUAAUGUCAUUUUUUGAAAACUCUUAGUUCUAAUUACGGUUAUUUCAUCUUCUGUAUACCCGUGGGCUAUCUAUGUAUAUUUCAUCAAUGGUCUAACCAACAUUUAACUAAAAUAAUAUACAAAUUACAAGAAAAAUGAAUUAUUUUAUAUUCUUUAGGUUCAUUUACUGAACCCGUUCAGGCUGUUAUGGUUUUGAAUAAUCCAAGUAAUAAAAAAAUUGCCUUUAAAAUAAAAACUACUGCACCAAAAGGUUAUUAUGCUAGGCCAAAUUAUGGUGAACUUAUUCCUAAAGAAAAGGCAGAAAUUUUAGGUAUGCAUAAUUUAAUAUUUGUAGGCAUUGAUUUGCAUCAAGAUUUUAAAGAGACAAAUUUGUUUAAGAAUUAUCAACUUUGUUUGUCUAAUUUAUAUUACCUUUUAAGCGUAUUUACUCUUUUUUUUUUUAAAUAUUUUAAAGAAUCUUUACAUGAUUGUUUCCCAAAUGAUCUGCUAACUUGUAUUAUGUUUUAAAUUUGUUAUCCAGUAAUAUUGCAACCAUUCAACUAUGAUGCCAAUGAAAAAAAUAAACACAGGUUUUUAGUGCAGACAGUUGUGUUAUUGACCCUGUUACUGACUAUGGAGAAGAUGGCAUAA